UUUCUUCGCUGUACCCUCCCAGUGUGGAAGAGGCAAAAGAUCUCUCCGGAGUUCCUUUUGCAAGAACAUAAUGCCACUCACGAGGGCUCCACCCUCACGACCAAAUCAUCUCCCAGAGACCCACCUCUUUAUACCAUCACCCUGAGGGGUCAGGAUUUUAACACAUGAAUUUCCGGGGCACACAAGCGUUCCGUACAUGACAGCUGCCCUUCCUUUCUCCUUUCCUGAUCAGUCUGUGUGGCCGUGUGGAAGAACCACCACAUGAGGACGGUGACCAACUACUUCAUUGUCAACCUUUCCCUGGCGGACGUGCUCGUGACCAUCACCUGCCUUCCAGCCACGCUGGUUGUGGACAUCACUGAGACCUGGUUCUUCGGACAGUCCCUCUGUAAGGUGAUUCCUUACUUACAGGUAAUUAAUUUGUCAGUGUCCGUGCUCACGCUGAGCUGCAUUGCCUUGGAUCGGUGGUACGCGAUCUGUCACCCUCUGAUGUUUAAGAGCACGGCCAAGCGGGCCCGGAACAGCAUCGUCAUCAUCUGGGUCGUCUCCUGCGUCAUCAUGAUCCCUCAGGCCAUCGUCAUGGAGUGCAGCACCAUGCUCCCGGGACUGGCCAAUAAAACCACCCUCUUUACAGUCUGUGAUGAGCGCUGGGGCGGUGAAAUUUACCCCAAAAUGUAUCACAUUGGUUUCUUCCUGGUGACAUACAUGGCACCGCUGUGUCUCAUGGUGUUGGCUUAUCUGCAAAUAUUUCGUAAACUCUGGUGCCGACAGAUCCCCGGCACGUCCUCUGUAGUUCAGAGGAAAUGGAAGCCCCUGCAGCCUGUCUCACAGCCUCGGGGGCCGGGAGCGCAGACCAAGUCCAGGAGUAGCGCCGUGGCCGCUGAAAUAAAGCAGAUCCGAGCCAGACGGAAAACAGCCCGGAUGCUGAUGGUUGUGCUUUUGGUGUUUGCAAUUUGCUAUCUACCAAUUAGCAUCCUCAAUGUGCUAAAGAGAGUAUUUGGGAUGUUUACCCAUACCGAAGACAGAGAGACUGUGUAUGCCUGGUUCACAUUUUCACACUGGCUUGUAUAUGCCAACAGUGCUGCGAACCCAAUUAUUUAUAAUUUUCUCAGUGGAAAAUUUCGAGAGGAAUUUAAAGCUGCGUUUUCUUGCUGUUGCCUUGGGGUUCACCACCGCCAGGAGGACCGCCUAGCGCGGGGGCGCACCAGCACCGAGAGCCGGAAAUCUCUGACCACCCAGAUCAGCAACUUUGAUAACAUAUCAAAACUGUCCGAGCACGUCGUGCUGACCAGCAUAAGCACCGUCCCAGCCGCCAACGGCGCGGGGCCGCCCCAAAACUGGUAG